AUGCUGGGCGCUUUCCGCCGUUCCGGCGCCGUCCAUGCGCUGCGAGCUUCACGAUCUCUGCUGGCCAGAUCGAUUCCUCAGCAACCUCAAUGGCUCUCUGCUUCUGCACCGGCGGUCUCAUACGUCGCUCGCGCCCUCUACCAUCCGUCCCCGGCUUUUCUUGAUGCCACAGCAGCAGCUCAGGCGCAACUCAACGUCGCCGCCGACAUCGAGCCCCGGCUACCCAAUUCCAAGUUCCACAGCCUGGCACAAGACGGCCUGGUCAACGACAGACUGAUCCGGACCGUGACAAAUUCCAUGAAGAUUGAAACCAUGACCGAUGUUCAAGCUAAGACGAUCCGUGAAACACUGAGCGGCGAUGAUGUCUUGGCCCAGGCAAAGACCGGAACUGGAAAGACUCUUGCCUUCUUGAUCCCGGUCGUCCAGCGCCUUGUUAGUGAUCCGUCAGUCAAACGCUCGCGCCCCUCAUACCGUGGACAACAAGGGAGGAGAAACACGCCCGAUAUUCGGGCGAUUGUCAUCUCUCCGACUCGUGAGUUGGCGGAACAGAUUGCCCAUGAGGCACAGCGCUUGGUGUAUGGACUGGGUUUGACCGUGCAGACGGCAGUCGGCGGUACUCAAAAGAGAUUGCAUCUAAACAAGAUCCGGAACGAGGGCUGCAAUAUCUUGGUUGGAACUCCUGGUCGUCUGAAGGACCUUCUUUCCGAUCCGUACAGCGGUGUCACCGCGCCCCAGCUCCAAGCUCUCGUCUUCGACGAGGCUGAUCGCUUGCUGGAUGAUGGCUUCUCGCAAGAGAUCGGUCAGAUCAAGGACCUCCUGCCCAACCCGGAGGAGGUCGACCGCCAGACCCUGAUGUUCUCCGCCACCGUCCCAGGUGAAGUCAUGAACAUGGUGCGUCAGACUAUGAAGCCUGACUUCAAGUUCAUUAAGACUGUCUCGGAGGAUGAGGUGCCCACCCACUUGCGGGUGCCCCAGAAGGUCGUCUACCUGGAUGGCUUCCAGAACGGCUUGCCUGCUAUUCUGGAGCUGGCCAAGCAGGGUUACGUUAACUCCCCGAAUUUCAAGGCCAUUGUCUACCUGAACGCAACGACGAUGGUCUCGCUGGCCAACGACAUCUUCAGGCGGCUUCAGAAUGAUCCUGAGGACCGUACCAAAGGACACGCUCUUGGCCGCCUCCCUAUUCUCCAAAUCCAUUCGCGACUGACUCAGGCGCAAAGAACUCGUGUUACGAGUACUUUCCGCAACGCGCGCUCCGGCAUUCUCUUCUCUUCCGACGUAACCGCCCGUGGUCUGGAUUUCCCCGAUGUCACGCACGUCAUCCAAUACGGACUCCCCAGCGAGCGUCAGACCUACAUCCACCGCGUGGGACGUACUGGCCGUGCGAACAAGGAAGGUGAGGGCUGGAUCUUGCUGCAUAACAACGAGAAGCGUGCCUUCAAACAGAUGUUGGGUGACCUGCCGAUCGAGGAGGAUCAGACCACGAUCCCCGUGGCGAAGGUCAACAUGCGUGAAGAGAUCGAGGAUGAUGGCUCAGAGACGAGCCGAACUCUACAACAAAUCAAAUUGGCCGCGCAGCAGGUUCCUAUCGACGAUCGCGUGGAGGCAUGGAAGUCCCAAACGGGUACCAUCAUAGGCAAACUCCAACCUCUGUCGGCGACCCUCCCUGCAAUGCAUGACCUGUCCAAGUACGGAUACGUGCUGCCCAAGCCUCCGCAUCUCCCUUCCAGAAUCCAACAAGCUUUGGAGAAGGGCGAUAGGCCUCCUCCAAGGUCCAACCGUGGUGGGCCCCGGGAUUCCUUCAGGUCCCGGGAUUCCUACAGGCCCCGUUCUAGCGGUGGCUAUAAUGACCGCUACCAACGCUCCUCAUCCCGCGACCGCGAGCCCCGCAACCCUUGGAACGAAAGAGGCUCCUCUCGCGGCCGUCGCGAGAGCCGCUCCUACAACCGCUACUGA